AUGCCUGCGGUUGGGAAACCCUCGGAUCAUGCAACUUCAAAGCACGAGGCGGGAAAGCAUGAGACGGAGAGCCAUGCGGCUGAAGAGCCUGCCACAUGGGAGCCCCUUGGGGCAGAGGAGGAGCACCCUCGGACAGCGGUUGAGAUACAGGAGGCUGCCGGGCAGGGAGCUGAGGUAGAGGAAGUUGUGGCAGAGGAGGCUGAGACAGAGGAGGGUGGGACAGAGGGGGGUGAGACAGAGGAGGCUGAAGCAGAGGAGGCAGAUGAGGGAGCAUGGCAGAAAGAGCCAACUACAGGAGCAGGAGGAGGGGCUGUAGCGGCUGUAGCAGCUGCGGAACGUGUGGGGACUGUGGGGACCGUGGGGGCGGCAGUGGCUGGAACAAACGUUCCCGGAGCAUGA